AUGUGCCUUUCCGCUUCCGGAGCUUCUUCAGUUCUAUCCAAGCUUCUUGCUGACGAAUCUUACCUGUUCCAGCCCAGAGACGAUGUUUACGGAAACUACGAUGCCUCAUAUCUGCAGCAAGGCGGCCCGAAGAGCGCAACGCAGUCCCCAGUCGUCACCGGCACAUCAGUAAUAGCAAUCAAAUUCAAAGACGGCGUAGUGAUGGCCGCUGACAACCUGGCAUCUUACGGCUCUCUCGCCCGCUUCACCGACGUCAAGCGCCUCCGCUCCUUCGCCAACACCUCUGUGGUUGGCUUCUCAGGCGACGUCUCAGACAUGCAGUACCUCGACCGCCACCUGGGCGAGCUCGCCAUCGACGAGGCGUACGGCAACAACGCCUCCGACGAGGCCAUCUCGGCGUCCGCCAAGGGCCUCAACGCCGCCAACCUGCACACGUAUCUGGCCAAGCUCUUCUACAGCCGGCGCAGCAAGUUCGACCCGUUGUGGAACCAGAUCCUGGUGGCCGGGCUGGACGGCGACGGCGUGCCGUUCCUGGCCGCCGCGGACCUGCGCGGUACCACCUUCACGAGCCCGUCGCUGGCCACGGGCUUCGGCGCCGCGCUGGCGCAGCCCAUCAUGCGCAAGUACGCGCCGACCGAGGAGGCCGCCGCGCAGCUCACCCGCGAGCAGGCCGUCGACGUGGUCAAGGAGUGCAUGAAGGUGCUGUUCUACCGCGACGCGCGGUCGCUCGACAGCUACAGCCUGGCGGUCGUCACCAAGGAGGGCGUCGAGCUGCAGGAGGACGAGAAGCUGGAGAGGCAGAGCUGGGCGUUUGCUGAGCGAAUCAGGGGCUACGGUACGCAGGUUGUGUAA